ACGAGUCAAUACAAAACCUAAAAAGAAGAUUAUUUAAAAAGUCCCCGCUCCGACUUUUACUGAACCUUUUAUUGAUGGCAUUAUCUUUCAGUUAAGAGUUACACAGAGAAACAUAUUACAUUUGUCUAACUGUAUUUAGGAACGUUGUCAAAGGUCGCAACUAUGAAGACGCCAUUAAUAUAGUUCCCAUGGUAACGUCAACGUUGGCACCAGAUGUUGUCUCGUCUUCCAGUUUUAUCUUCAGCACGUACAUGGAGUUAGAACCAAGUGUUUUAUAUGUCUAACAUACAUAUGUCACAUAUGUCACAUACAUGUGACAUAGCAUCGCGGCAUGACAUGAUGGCUUUACAUCGAGAGGAUCCAGCAGCUGCCACUCGGGACGUUUCUGGGCUGAGGUUUAACAGUUUGGCGUUGGACGAGUUGAGUGAGCAGCUGGAGAGGUGCACAGCGGAAACUCAGAGGCUUCAGGAGGAGGUGGGACAUGCAACCAAAGCUGCAUUGGAGAAGUUUGGCUGUGAAUCCAAAAGCAUUUCAGAUCCAUCUUUGGACAGUUUAACGCACCAGCAAUGUCAGAGGGAUGUCAGGCCCAGAAGAAAGAAUGCCCAGGAAAUUGAGGAUGUUAUGCAUCUUAGUGAGCAGCCAGUGGAAGAAGUCGUAAGGCAUAGGGACCCUCGGAACGGACAGAAUGGCAGAAUGGAAGAGCUUAUUACAAGUGUUGGCCAGGAGGUGGAGAUGUUGAACCACAAACUGAGCUCAUCCAAAGACAGCGGGCAUCGCAUCAACACCAAGCUGGAACUUCUAAGGACAUCGUUGCAGCAGCAGCUGAAGACCAGUGACCUCGUCCGGUGUAGGUCCCAGGAGGUGGUGCAGACCCCGGGAGGAGAGCAGGAAGCCAGUGACCGAGAAACCAAACGGCCCCUCUGUCAACUGGAUGAAGCUCUGAGCCGGCAUGGAACCCUUCUCGCCGAAAAAGAAACCCUGAGGCUUGAACUGAAGGACAGAGAUAAGCUUGUGGAGACGCUCCGGUUUCAGCUGGAGAAGAGCAAGCUGACCAUUGACGACCUUCACCGGGAGAAUGCCCUCCUCGGCACCCAGAUGAACCAGCUGAAGGUUGGACACGCGGAAAGCCUGGUGAAUCAGCGGCUCGCCAUCACUGAGGAGCUCACAAAGCUGCAGCCUCUCCGCAGCUGCGCCUGCCACGAGCACCGCGACGUCGUGCAGAGACUCCGGGGCCGGCUGAAGAGCACCCAGACGGAGCUGGACCGGGUCAGGGGUGCCAUGAGGACUCUGGAAGGGGGGCGGACAAACGCUCUUCAAGCCCGAGUCCAACAUCUGGAGGAAACUCUGGAAAAAGUGAAUCAGGAAGGGUCCUAUCAAAACGCGGAAAGCCAGCGGCAGACACGGGAGCUGGCCUUUGUCAGGGAAGAGAAGAGGCAACUGGCGCGUGAACUAGACGCCGUGCGCUCCAAGGACAAACAUCUGCGAGAGAGGAUCAGCGAGCUGGAGGCCAUCCUUCACAAGAUGACCGAGAGCUUCGCCAACUGUCAGGAGUUCAUCCAACUGAAGGAGCAAGAGUUCUUUCGCCUUAAACUCAAACACAUACUGGACUUGAAGGAAUACCAAGGUGAAAAUGUAACUCCACCUGGACUGGACUCCCUGAUCCCAUCUGCUGCACUCACUGAUCCUCGUCCCUCCACGCGGGACGCCCGCAAUACACAGGAGAACCACGCCCGGGACCGGCUCCCACAGAACCUUGAAGAACCACACGCCGACAACGCCGCCCUCAGGAGGAGGUCCGCACCGGCGAGAACGCACAGACCGGCAUUCGGCGAGCAGUCCAAAGCAGCCCGCCGGCGAACGACAUGUGGCAGUGAGACUACGACAGAGACAACAGAAAGUCACAAUCGGUCAUGCUCGAUGACCGCGACGCGACACACUUUCUACCCGUGGCGGCGGGCAUCGGAUUGCAAGUCACCCGUGUACGCGCUUCUGACCUCUGACCCAGGGCACAGCUGACAGACACUUCAAAAUCCCCAAGCAAGUCGAUAAUCACGUCUCACUGAAUAGAAACGCAAUACAUAAAGCCAAGUGCGGACCCCGUGCAAUAUGAUUUGGCGGAUCUGUUUUCGCAAAGAUGUGGAUUGUGCAGGCAUCAGAAAGAUACUAGUCAUUGGGACGGAGGACUCGUGCUGUCACAGGACCGCUCUGAAGCAACAACGACAACAACGUCAGCAUGAUGCAGCGACAGCAGCAACCCUUGAAUGGAUCCGCUUAUUCAUUUAAAGCGCAGCUC